AUCGUCUUCGACUACUUCCAACUCGCAAAUUUGCUCGUCUGCGCUUUCAACCAUUUGAUUCAGAAUUCAGAGAGAGAGAGAGAGAGAGGAUGGUGUUCUUGUGCUGGAGUCGCCCGUCUCUUAAGGAUCAGAAAGACUGCAUCAACAAGUCAGGCAGCUUCAACUACGACACCAAAUACAGAGGCGCAACUGCUAAACCCUUUUCUUCUCUGCAACAAGACGGAGAGCUCGCAAAAGACGGCUUCUUCAUUAACCAUUCUCGUGUUCUAGUUGGGUCCGGUCUCCCUACCUACGAGAAGGCUAAGACUGCUCUUCAGAACUGGAGGCAUUUCGCAUUGAAUUGGGCAUUCGUUAAUCCCAAGACUCCAAUCCGAACUGAAACGAAGUUCUGCGUCUGUGUCAAGCAGUUUCUACCGUGGAUGUUGAUGCCUCUCCAGGUGUCCUACGUUACUGAAGGUAGUGAUCGGGAGAAGCUCAAGGCCUCUUUUGGAUUCGGCAGUGGCACCCUUCAAGGUCACCUGCUGGCUGGUGAAGAACGGUUUUCAGUUGAGAUGGAUGAGAACGAUCAAGUUUGGUAUGAGAUCCUUUCUCUCUCAAAGCCUGCCCAUUUCUUGUCUUCUAUUGGCUACCCAUAUGUACAAUUCCAGCAAAAGUAUUUUGCUCACCAGUCAGCCAAUGCUUUUAUCAAAUAUGUUACCGCUCAAACACCCUCAUUGUAAUUGUGUUAUGGUUGACUCUAUCUAAUGCAAAUGUUUUUUUAUAGACACAAGUGUAAAAUGGAAAUUUCAGUUUGGAGAAACACGGUUCACUAAGUGAGAUCCAUGCUCAAACUGAAACCUGAUUAGACCUUUUUACCAAUUUUUGCAAAUGAAUCAACUGAGGUAU